GUAAAUAGUAUAGACUUAGGUAUUGAUUUUUUGUCAAUUUAAAGGAAAAUACAAGCAAACAAUACAAAAUUAGUGAUCAAUUAAUUAUAAUUAAAAUAAAUACAAAUUUUAAUAAUGAGGUAUCUUUGUUAUACAUUAUUUUUACUACUAACAGAUUUAUACAUAAAAUGUGAUGCCAGUGGCUUAGUUAACCCGGAUCAAUUAAGAUACAAUUUGGACAUGUUGAAAAUUACGACACAAUUUGAAUUGAACAUGCUCAAAGUUGAACAACAUCAGGAACUCAAUAAGACUAUGGCCGGUAUGGACACCGAAAUAGACUCAAUGGUCAAACUGUUGUCCACUAUUGAUCCGAAGACACCCGACGGUAAAUUGCGAUUACAAAAUCUGGACACUGCACGGCUGGCAUUGACAUCGAAAAUUGAGUCAGAACAAUUAGCUAUCAAUGAUAAAAUUGCCAAGAUGCAACAAUCAACUAGUUUGCAAUUGGCACUUGAUGUUGCCCAAUUGCACGCAAAUUUGUUGGUACUAGUACAAAAAUCAAAAAGUCCCGAUACAACCAGCAAAUUAGUACAGGUAAGUUUACCAAUUUUGGAUACUAUCAAACAUAAUGUGUUACAAGCUAUCCAGCAAAUUGGUAUUGAGUUACAAAAGUUACCAUGAUAAACUAAACUAAUAAAAUUAUUUCUAAUGUUUUAAUUUUUAUUCAAAAAAUAUUUUUGUAUGCAUUUUGACUUUCUAUUACUAAAUAAUAAUAAAAAUAUAUUAU